AUCCAGAGUCAGAUGAUACAGAUGUGAACUGAAUCCAGAUCAACAGAACCCGAACAUCGGCUGAUCUGGAAACAGUGCCGAGGACACGCGCUCCAUUGACUGACAGGGACAAGACAGUAGGGCGGUGUUUGUCAUUAACCUGGGCCAGUGACCGCCCCGCUCACCCGGGAGACUCUGGUGAACAAACCAACGGGACAAACUGUGACAUUACAGUCGAAGCGGAGGAAUUCGGGUAAAAACGAAAGUGGAGCCUCCGCUGUUGACCGCUCUGCCCCGGUGGACACAGGCUCGACCCCGGGUCCAUGAUAGCGCCGCACGGACGUGGAGGUGAUCGACACGGUGGGACACCCUGGAAGAGACGGAGAAGCCCCGGGAGGACGCCGGUCACCGCGGACUCGAUGUGAGGAUCGUCGCGGCAACAUGUGACAUGAACCGGGAGAAAACUGCGACCGAGGCCAACGACAUCAUGUUGGUCCGGAGCCCGCCCGGCCGUGGCCGAGCCAGAGUCACUCAUGCGGUGGUGGUGAUCUUCCUGGAGUUCUUCGCAUGGGGGCUGCUGACCACGCCUAUGUUACGUGUUCUUCAUGAGACGUUUCCUCAGCACACCUUCCUGAUGAACGGCCUUGUUCAGGGAGUGAAGGGCUUCCUGUCAUUCCUGUCAGCUCCUCUGAUUGGUGCUCUGUCAGACAUCUGGGGCAGAAAGUCCUUCCUCCUCAUGACGGUCUUCUUCACGUGCGCUCCCAUCCCCUUCAUGAGGAUCAGCCCCUGGUGGUAUUUCGCUUUAAUUUCAGUCUCAGGGACCUUCGCUGUGACCUUCUCGGUGAUCUUUGCCUACGUCGCCGACAUCACGGAGGAACACGAGCGGAGCACAGCCUACGGCCUGGUCUCUGCGACCUUCGCAGCCAGUUUAGUGACGAGCCCGGCUAUCGGCGCCUACCUGUCGGCCCAGUACGGGGACAGCCUGGUGGUCCUGGUCGCCACGGUGAUUGCCGUGGCAGACAUCGCCUUCGUGUUCUUCAUCGUCCCCGAGUCGCUGCCGGACAAGAUGAGGCUGACGUCCUGGGGCUUCCCCAUCUCCUGGGAGCAGGCCGACCCCUUCGCAUCUCUGCGUCGUGUAGGGAAAGACCCCACAGUGCUGCUGAUCUGUGUCACCGUGUUUCUGUCUUACCUGCCUGAGGCCGGACAGUACUCCAGCUUCUUCCUGUACCUGAGACAGGUGAUCGAGUUUUCUCCCGCAGCCAUCGCUGCCUUCAUCGCCAUGGUGGGAAUCCUCUCCAUCAUCGCUCAGACUCUCCUCCUCGGGGUUCUCAUGAGAACCGUAGGUAAUAAGAGAACGGUUCUCCUCGGUCUGGGCUUCCAGCUCUUCCAGCUCGCCUGGUACGGCUUUGGCUCUGAGCCGUGGAUGAUGUGGGCGGCAGGAACAGUAGCAGCCAUGUCGUCCAUCACCUUCCCAGCAGUCUCUGCUCUGGUGUCACACAGUGCGGCACCUGACCAACAAGGUGUGGCUCAGGGGAUGAUCACAGGUAUCAGAGGUUUGUGUAACGGUUUGGGUCCGGCUCUGUACGGCUUCAUCUUCUUCCUGUUCAAUGUGGAGCUGAACGACAUAGACCCAGGAAGACCCACAAAGAACACAGAGAAGUCCGUCAUCCCUGGCCCUCCCUUCCUGUUCGGAGCGUGCGCCGUCUUGUUCGCCCUCGUCGUCGCUUUCUUCAUCCCUGAGCACCAGCGACUGGCCGACGUCAAAACCUGCUCCGCCCGCAAGUCCAGUGGCGCCGCCACCGCACACGCUCUGAGCGCCAGCCCUCUGGCCACGCCCACCAGUGACACAGAGGACAUUGAGCCGCUCCUGCAGGACAGCAGCAUGUGACUGACAGCUGGCCCGGCCAAUCACAGCGCUGAGGCCUGAGCUCCACUCUGCAGGUCCGGCCCAUUUAACAAUGAAGAGCUUUUAUUUUUUAUUUCCUCCGAUUCAGACUGUUCAGAUAAAAGUCAGGAAACAUCCGGCGGCAGUCACACAGACGAGCGGCUUUCACCAACCUACAGGCGACACGUUGUAUUCAUGGAGCUCAUGUUUCAUCAUCAAUCAGCAGGAAAGUUAUUAACAUCAAACAUUUUUCUGAUUUGAUUAAUUGUUUCAACCAAAAAUCAAAUAUUCUCUGGUCACAGAUCCUCAGAUGAGAUGAUUUCCUGAAACCAGAUGUUUUAUAUAUAACUGAUAUUUAGAGCAACAUAUUGACAUCAACUACACACAUGUGAUAAUAUCAUGUAAAUAAUCGAGCGGCUCUUCAUCAUUAGUUAGUUUUCUGUCGUGACAUUAAAAUCUGCUCGGACGCACAAACAUCAACCAAGUUGAAUUUGACUGAAUUAUAAUUUUUAAUUCAAUUUUCUGCAGUUUUUUUUCAAUCAUAUCUUUAUCAUGAAUGUUUUUGUAGUGAAAGUUACGACAUCAGAUUAAAAACUAAUAGAAACUAAACAGUCGCUGUUUGGCUGCCGCCUGAACACGUACUUAACUCCACCCGUCAGCUCUGCAGACUUCAGGAGAUCAAGCGCUCCUCACUGUGCAGGACCAGUGGUGAGGAGGAGGUGCGUUGAAUUUACUGCACAGCUGAGACCAAGUGUCAACUACAGAAUGUUUGUCUCCUAACUGGUCACCAGACUCGCAUUAUGGGAUAGGGAGGAAGUCGUCACCUGUACCUGUAGGGGGCAGUGCGGGGCCAAGGUCCAGGUGUGUUUGAUCGUGGUUGGCUCUGCUGCGUACGUGUAGUCUCCACCCGUCUCCACACACCGACAUCUUACCACCGGAUUACUUGGCUGGAGCCGUUACUAUGACGACAGCUGUGGGGCACGUUCACGCUCAGCAUGUCCGAGCUCUGACUGGCUGUGACAUCAUCAUCCUCUCCAUAUCCAACAUGAACUAAAUGUAAAGAAGUGGAUUUAAGCAGUUUGAGGAGCUUUAGGUUCACGUGAGCGAAGACGUGGAGAAACGUGUUCACUUUGUUUCUGAUUCAAAGAUUCUGCUCUGGAUUCAGAGUCUGGAGCUUCAGAGUCUGGAGCUUCAGAGUCUGGACCUUCAGAGUCUGGACCUUCAGAGUCUGGAGCUUCAGAGUCUGGAGAUUCAGAGUCUGGAGCUUCAGAGUCUGGAGCUUCAGAGUCUGGAGCUUCAGAGUCUGGAGCUUCAGACUCUGGACCUUCAGAGUCUGGAGCUUCAGAGUCUGGAGCUUCAUGUGUUUGUUGUUUCCUUUGAUCUGUUACUUUUAGUUUCACAUUGUAAUUUAGGGAAACAGAAUUCUGUCUGACAAACGUACGUGGGCGGAGUCUACCUGUACUUGACUCUGAUUGGUUUGUAGACGGCGUCUGACGUGGGCGUGUUGUCAGGUGGGGGGGUAGUAGUCUUUCUGUAUGAAUGAAGCUUCAUCUGGUUGCCAUGGUAACAUCAUGAUGGUAUCACUAGCAGCGUCUGGACCAACCAGGUGUGAACGAGUCCUGAGUUGAGUCAAACCUCCAGAUGCUGAGUUACUGAGACUCACUUCUAUUGAGUCAUUCCACUUUGAGAUUUAAUAGUAAUAAUACGCUCUGCAGUGAAAGUAAAUCUGGACCUGGAGGAUUCUUGUUAUUAAAUUCAAACGUCCUGCUCUUGAAUAAGUCGAGCUCCAGAUGUGAUCCUCUCCCUGUGAACUUAAAGAAAACACAGGUUUGUUCUAACGGUCACAUCCUGAAGGUGAAGGUUCAUCCUCAGAGGAAACUGAUUCACCGUCAGAUCACAGAAGAUGAAAGACUUUUUCUUUCUCUGACUCCCCCCACGUUGUGAUUAGCUCCGCCCGCCCGCCCGUCGCUCCAGGUCCAACAAAUCGAGCGCUCUGAGUUACUGAUGUUUGAAGAUGAAGAUGUUAGUUUGAUGUUUGAGUUUAAAAAACCAAAUUGUGCCAUUUUGUUCUUUUACUUUUUGUUAACAUUGUUUGUAAAGUUUGUUAAAGCUAAAAAUAUCACAUUCCAGAAAAACGGAUUCAGUUUGAAGGCGGACGUGAGAUAAUUUGACGCUGAAACAACGGAACCUGCGUCCACACAGGCUCCUCCCAUCUGGAGCGGAGUCCCUGUUUGAUUUCUAUCGUUCAGACGUUUCACUGAAUCUUUGAGUUACUGGAUGUUCAACCUAAAGCUGCAGAUGUUUGUUCACCAUCGAUCCGAGUUACUGUAAACGAGACGCAUAUGAAUCUUUGACUGUGGUGGUGGACUCAUGUCUGCCCCUGGUGGCUGGGACGGGUUAUGGUCUCGUGUCAGCUGGUGUUUUCACUGUUCAGUCGACUUCCUGGAGUUUUUGUUUUUCAUUCACACAAACGCAGCAGCAUCAUCAUCAUCAUCAUCAUCAUCUUGGUUUCCUGACGUCAGCCUCACGAAGCUUAUCCUCCAAACUUCAUCUCUAAAGGUUUUACAUUAUUAUUUAAUCUUUAACUCCUCAAACGUUUUCUUUUCAAACCAAACUCCUCAACUCGGCCGAGAGGUUCCUCUCACUCUGUAGCUGAAGAUGUCAAACAAAGACAGAUGGACCUACAGGAUAUGUUUCUACAGGUCGGUCUGCAGAGUCCUUACUGAAUGUCCCAGAAUGCACCGUGUCUUGCGUCCGUCUGCUGCUGCGUUCAGGUCUCGCUGGAAAAUUUCUCUUGAGCGUCGUCGGUUCUCACGAAGAAACUUUUGAUCAGAUGUGAAUGAACGGGAAUCACAGAAACAGUUUUUUGUUUUCUAGUUUUGAGAAUAAUUCAGAUAAACUUGUUUCUGGACUUCGUGGAAUUUCCCCGUGGACGUGAACUUCAGCAGCUUCUAUGUCAACAUGUUUAUUUCCUGUAGAAAGACGCUUGAACUGGUUUUGAAUUUAGAAUUUUAAAAUCAAGUUUCACUCAUUUUGGUUUUGAAGAGAUGCCAGUAUUUUCACAGGAGCCGUGAACCUCAGUAGUUUUUUUGGUAACAACCAAAAUAUGUCUUGGUAAUUUCCACUCUGUGUUUUACAAAAUCACUUCUGAGUCGUGCAACUUGAGUUGAGAUAUUUAACAUGUGAAACAUUUCAUUUACAAAUGUCUUGAUAUUGACAUAAAAUCAGGUUUUCUUUUGGUGUCAAAACUUUUAAAUAACUAAACCAACUUUCUUUCUAUUUGAGCGUUAAUCUUUGAAAACUUGACCUGAUCGUGUUACUGAAGCUGAAGUUUCUGUUCGUACAAAUCUGCUCACGGAGAGAACAGUUUUAAUCAUUGGAGGAGAAACGGUAACUGAUGCAGUCAAACAAAUAAAGUGGAGAUAUUGAAUAUUUAUAUAUAUAUUCAAUAUCACCCCCCCUCCUCUGUGUACAUGAUGCAGAACAUUUGCUGACACUGCACUUUAAUUUCUCUGAACGUGCCUCGAAUCAUUCUCCAUGUUGAUAUCGUUUUUAUAGAGAAACCAAGAGACGUGUUGUGCAUCUUUUAUCUUAUUAAGAACAUAAUUUUGAAUAAUAUCUAUAGUAAUAAUGAUAAUAAAGAGAAAUGUAUGGAAUUUGA